GCGACAUGACCCCCGAUGCGGCCUUCGCGCUGGAGAUCGCCGUGGUGGCCGGCCUGGUGGUGCUCAUCGUCGCCAUCGUCGUGGCCUCCUCAGGCGCCUGCCGCGACCCUGCGGCCGGCUCGGGGCGCGCCGCCGCGGUGCACGACGUCGAGCGCGCGCUCGGGACCGACACGCUCGUGACGUACGACAAGGCGAGGGCGGCCCUUAAGGGCAGGAGGGCGUCGGCGUCGGGGGAGGAGGAGGCGCCGCCGUCCUGCGCCCUCUGCCUGUCGGAGUACGCCGGGGGCGACGAGCUGGUGCGGGUGCUGCCGGCGUGCGGGCACUUCUUCCACGCGGAGUGCGGCAUCGACUGGUGGCUCCGGAGGCGCGGGACGUGCCCGUACUGUCGAGCCGAGCUGCGGCCGCUGCCGAGGCCGCCGCGCCCGGAGUGCCCGCCGAUGCCGCCGCGAGCGGGCGGCGCCACGGUGGGCUGGUAGUACUGUAGUAGUGGGUGAAUUUUGAUCGGCUGGUAGGAUUUCUGCAGCGGAGACGGAGACAGUGAACUGGCGUACUUCGAAGUUCGAAAUUUUGUAUGUGAGCAUUUUCCCUAAAAAAUUAUAUGUACGACUUUCCGUUAAAACAAGAA